ACAUCAGAACUUCCAUCACGGCGAUUCAACGGCCAGCAAUCCAGAGCUAAAAAAAUGAGUUUCGUGACGCCGUUGAAAUCAAGAAGACAAAAGGGCCACCAUCGUGCGUCAAUCCAAAGAAUCUAUUGCCUCUUUUGCCUGCGUUUUUAGCUCCUAGAAAUUUGCUUUCUAUCCAUUCCCCCAGAUUCCCCAAGGUUCAUUUUCGGUUUUCGUGCCAUUACGAAGGUGCCAAGGUCAUGCUCUACUGCUGGUAGUGCCCUUCUGAGUUGCACAAAUGGAUUCAAGAAACUUUUCUUGACAAUCUUGUUCAAAACAGAGUUUAUCCUCAAAAGCAGCACAAUAACUUGUAUUCUUAGUGUCUACUGCUAUGUCUUCAUCUUUUCCAGUCCUUCAGAUUUCAUCAGAAAGAGAAGUCAUGAAAAACUCCAUACCACGACAAGCAUCUUCAUUACCUCCCAACAGUGGGACUGUUGGGUGCAUGUUUUCAUCUUCUGGAACUCCAAAUAAUUUGCAUGUUUCCCCCCCAGUUCCAGCUUACGAAAGGCAAUCCCAAAGUUCUGUGUUCAUUUCUCAGUCAUCAAGGGAUGAGGCAUCUUUUCUACCAAUCACUUUUUCAUAUCCAGGAGAACAAUCUACCCCUUUUAUUAAUCACCCAGAGGAAGAAAAGGAUAUUUCUUGGUAUAUUGAUCCACUCCCGGAUUUCCUUGACUUUCCUGAGAAUGCCCCACUACAGAAUGGUCAGGCAGGAAGCAGUGCUGGUAUCAUGGUAUCCGAGGGUGAUAAUAAGAGAACUGAUUGGAAAGAGUGGGCUGAUCAGCUGAUAUCUGGAGAUGAUGCUCCAGACCCAGAGUGGAGUGGGCUUCUGGGUGAUGCCAAUGUCAUAGAUCCCAAGGUGGCAAACCCCUUGGCUGAUAUGUCAAAGCAACAGCCUCAGUUUUAUCAGAAUCACCCCAUACCAGUUCGAGAGUUACCAAUGGGCUCUAGUCCCUUAUCUACUGCACCUCAAACAAAGCCUCGUAUGCGUUGGACACCAGAACUUCAUGAGGCCUUUGUGGAUGCUGUUAAUCAGCUGGGUGGUGGUGAUCGAGCUACUCCUAAAGGCAUCUUAAAGCUCAUGAAUGUUGAAGGCCUAACAAUCUAUCAUGUUAAAAGCCAUUUGCAGAAAUACAGAACAGCAAGGUACAAACCAGAGUCAUCUGAAGGAACACAAGAGAAAAAAUUGACAUCUAUCGAUGAUAUGAAAUCAUUGGAUUUGAAAACGAGUAUUGGAAUCACUGAGGCAUUGCGUUUGCAGAUGGAAGUUCAGAAGCAACUUCAUGAACAAUUGGAGAUUCAGAGAAAUUUGCAACUGCGAAUAGAAGAACAGGGUAGGAAUCUGCAGAUGAUGUUUGAGAAGCAAAAAAAGAUGGGAGAUGAGAAGUUCAAGGCCUCCUCUUCAACCCAAGAUGAUGCCACUGCUCCACCUUCAGACUCAGUACAGCCAUCUUACAAAAAUGAUAUAUCAGAAGCCACUGGACAGGAACAAGCCAAAACAGGAACUGAUGCAGGAAAUUCUACAACAGCUAAGGAGGAAAGUUCUCAGGGUGCAAGCAAAAAGCGUGAGGCACCAGAAACAAAUACUUGCGAGCAUGAUGACACAGAUGAUGAUGGUUCUGGUUCCCCCCACAACAAAAAGAGCAAGAGCAGAUGAAAUAGCAGAAUCAUCAGAAAAACCUGCUUCUAAAUGAAUUCUAUAUUUGAUGACAUUUUCCUGGCUCUAGACAUCAUGUGGUAAGCCAAUUUCGAGAGACUCUUUCAUGUUGAGACAGAGAAUCAUGCUGACAGACACCCAUAAUUUUUGGAACAUUAGGUCUUAUGAUUUUCAUUUGGAGAGAAUCCUGCUUUUGAUCAUUUGUAUCGCUUACCCAUCUUUUUACCCUCCCUACCAUACUUGAACAAGCAGAUUAAUUGGCUGAUCUUGGAUGUUUCUUAUUAAUCAAAUAAAUGUUGUAAAUAAUGUGACUGUUAUUUAGGAUUAUUGUAGUAAUGUCAGUUGUACAUGAUGGAUGAAACUGCAUGCAGUUUUGCUGGGGAAGAUAACUUCAUAGAGGAAUAUUUGUAGAGCAAAGAAACGUAAAAAGACUGACCUGUUUAUUGUGGGUUCUUGGUGUAAGUGUAGUUUGGAAAAUAAUAUAUAGCUGUUGUAAAUUUUCUCGUGUUCCUUCAAAACCAACGUCUAGCUUGAAAAGAUCUGUCAAUAAAAGUUAUGUUGAACC